UGUAAAAUCUAAAAUAAACCUAAAUUAAGUGAACUGACUUAAAUAUCAAUGUUUAUACUUUAAUUUUACACACACAAACUUUCUUGUGUUUUCUGAAUCCUUCUUCUCCUUUGUCUCAUUUUACAGGCUUGUGCAAAUGUUUUCACUGUGGCCUCAAACUGUCCAACUCCAACACAUACGCAGAGGUAGGAAGAAAAUUGUGAGUAAAAAUAUCAAAUUAAAUACCGAAUAACCACAAUAAGAAUAUGAAAGUCGAGCAGGGGGCACCAAAGCGCGUUUCGACAAUGCAAACAACAAAAUAAUGUUUAAAACGUGUCAUGACUGUUUGACCCAGAUACUCAGGACACAAACCUGUACAAGCGCUUCCUUUUCUAUGUGAGCUGUAUAGUGCUGAUAGGGUCCGUUAGACACCGCCUACUGUUGAGGAAUCGAAACUUAUAUGUAGACAUAAAAAAGCGAAUGUCUUCACCAUUUCUCAUCCUGGACCAUAACCACACCUGAAAUAGGUUGGCAAACCAGCUUAUGUUACUUCCGAAUCAUGGCUUAUAAUCAGCAGAUACCUUUCUACAAUCCAGUAAGUGACUCAAACAUCAUUUAAAGUCUUUAUUUCUCCUGAAAUUGACGCUACAGUGGAAGAGCCUGGUGUUGUAACAGAAACGCUACUUUUGGACUGGUUGAAGGCAAAACGUAGCCGAACGACUGUCAAAAAUGUGUCAAUUUUAAGGUUAAAUUGUAUUUUUGUGGAGCAACUGGAUUGAAGACAUGGCUCUUGGAUGUUUUGGGUAUCAUAAUGAUCUGCCUGUGAAUACGGCCUACCUUUUGAACAAAAACAUUUUAGUAGCCUAUUGUUUCAACAUAGUUUUUUACGCGUUUUCUUUGCGGAUAAAAUGAGCAAAAAUGUCAAACUUUCAGCUUCUUCUUGGAUCUGGAUUUAUCAAAGAGCGAAACUGUUUCCUGUAGGAGCAAGUGGGAGGAGAGAAUAACUGUUCCCGUCAGUCGACUUUCCAGUGGUCCACAUAUUUGAAGGGUUUGGCAAACAUCCGCAGAAAAGUGGCCAAACUGAGGCGCAGACUUUUUAGGGUUGGCCAAGUGUGGCAAACAUCAAGAGCUCACGCAAAACAAAGAAGGGUUCCCUUACUUAAGUGCAUCUUAUCUUAGAAACACCUUCAGCUACAAAUUUUUACAAAUAAAGAAUCCCAAAAUUAUGAUAUUCUUGUUUUAAUUCUCCACUUUGAUAGGUAGCCAAAGACAGUGGGGAAAAUUUUAAUCUGCUGAACAUAAAUCUCUGUAGGACUCAAUAAUGUCUGUCAACAGUUGACAUGUAAAACAUUGACUAGAGGAAAAAACAUACUUUCAAAGGCAAAAAAGUUACCGACUGACUGCCUGUUGGAAGUGUAAGAGCCAUGAUCUCUGACAAGGUGAACAGCUGAACCAUAGCUUGAUGUAGGAUUUCAGAAUUGCCACUAGGAGCCACAAUGUCAUUUUUUUACAGGGCUCUCAUUGGUGAAGUGCUAAAGAGAUCUCAGAAUUAGAGGGUCCUAGCUGCUGAAAAUAGGACCAUUUAAACAGUUUUAAACUCUAACUGCUACAGUAAAGUUUGUCCACAGCCCCAUAAGCUUUGCUGGCAGAGGCAGGAUUUAUGACCUUUAAUGCAGCCUGUCACCAGAGGGUGCUGUUCUUGGAGUUGCUUCGCCCAGCGAGGAGGCAGAUGGCAUCCAUUCUAUAAACAGUCUAUGGGUUCAACCAAGGAGACAGACAUUUUGUUACCAUGUUACUAACUGUGCAUCUUGGGGUGGGAGAAAUCUUAGUUGAACCAUCCUCAUUUCAGCAGGAGAUGCAGUGAAUCAAAACAAGGUAAAAACACGUAUUUAAACGAUAACUCAUGUCUGUUUUCUUAGAGACUCCCAUUCACUGGAUCAAUCCAUGGUGGUCUGCAGGAGGGGAAAUCCAUCAAUGUCAGUGGACGAGUCCCACAUGGAGCUGACAGGUCAGACAGCCCUUUUUAUUUCAUGUGAUACCCCUAAUAUUAAAUAGGGUACAAGAUAAACUAAAUCUAAGAGAUAAAUGAGAUAAAGAAAUGAGGAAGUCUGCAAAGAGCAUUCGGUAGAUGGUUCAAGAAUGACAGGGCUGAGCAGGAAGUUAGCAGAGAUAGCAAUUAGUAGCCCAAUCAGUACCUGCACCCUAAAGGUGACACAAUGAAACAAAGAAAGAAAAAUCAUUUUGCGAAUAAGCAAAUGUAAAGAUGUUAAUUUACAGUUUGCAAUGAAAAUGAAUUUCUUGAUAGCUGUAAUCCUAUGUAGGGUUUUCCAGUUUACAGUUGUGUAAGUUUGCUCUCUGGCAUAGGCCUAACUAUUACACUCUGUCUCCCAUGUAUGCAUCACAUUUCAUCUGUUUAUGAAUCCACAAACCUUACUGUGCAGGACUACAAUGUCAUAUGACACCAUUUUUCCUGUAAGCCAUGGGCAAGUUUCUGUGCAGAUAUGGAUUUAUUCUGUAUACUGGCAAAAAUGGUGUUGAAAAGGUUGCAUACACACAAUAGGGUUUAAAGUUUCAAGGUAUUUAAAAAAACAAAUAUGGUAGAUUAUAGAGAAUUGAGAAUAAAGUAGAAGUAAAAUCCUUUUCUUCAGAGUAAACAGUUGUAGUAAGAUAAUUUUCCUAAAAGGAUUAAAGUUAUGAGUGAAUCGACCAAUAUUAUUCUGAGAAUAAGAUGAUUAAUUUAAUCUGCUACUUAAUGCUGUUUUGAAGCAGGAGAACAUAAAUAUUUGCUCUUGGAACAGUCUUUUUUGAGCCUUUUCCUUGAAUGUGACCCUAAUACUGUCAAAUUUUUCUGUAAUGUUUCACAUUUCAGUAUAGGGCUUUUUGGGGACAGACUCACUUUUGGGAUAGCUUCUGACAGACUCUCAAGGAAUUGCAUUUUUGUGCACUGUUACUUUUGUAAAGGGAAAUGCACUUAAAUUACUUCCCCUUUGAAGGUCUUUGGUAUAUUAUGUGGUCCUUAUUAGCAACAAUGUAGAAAUCGAAACAUUGUUUUUUUCUUGCCAUUUCAACUGUAAUGACACAAGGGUCACUUGAGGUCAAUUGCAUUUGUUUUUUUUUUCUUUUUGAGCUUAAGUAUUGUGACCUAAUGUCUUUUUAACAGGUUGAGUGGCACAUUUAAAAAGUGUAGAUUGAAUUUUUUUUAUCAUGAAAAGUUAAAUAAUGAAGUUUGUUUCUCUGUGUUUCAUUACAGGUUCCAUGUGAAUUUACAAUGUGGCUCUGCACCCAAGGCAGAUGUCGCUCUGCACUUUAACCCUCGCUAUGAUAGUUUUCUGAAUUAUGUGGUCACAAACUCCUUCCAGCAAGGCCGCUGGGGCACUGAAGAGAGAAAGCAACAGUGUCCAAUUCCCUCUGGCUCCAACUUCACCCUGCUCAUCACUGUCUGCCGUGACACCUUCCAGGUUGGUAUGAUACAAAACUGAUGAAAGUAGAAAAAGGUUUACUCUGUGUGAUCAAGGUAGUAGAAGAUUAAACUUUAGGUUUAAGCUGGUUUUAUGAAACACCAGCAUCUAUUUCAUGGUGAAACUCAGUUUGAGUCCUUGGUGAGUGCAAAGCAGGUUUGUUUUCUGCUUAGAAUUUUGUGCUCAUGCUUAUAUCUACAUUUUUACAAUGAUACAAAUUCAACUCAUUCCAACAGGAAUUUUUCAUACUUUAAACUUUUCUGCAAUCAAGCGUCCAAAUCUUAACCUAUCAAGUUUGUGGUCAUCACGAAAAUUCUUUUAGACAGGAAAUGUGAUAUUUGUAAACUAACACAUGUCCUCUCUGCAGGUGAGCGUGAAUGGCUGCCACUUUAUGGAGUACAGACAUCGUAUCCCAUUUCAGCAGGUGGACACCAUUUCAGUAGGUGGGAAUGUGGAAAUCUCCUCUAUCGCCUUCCAGAGCCCUGUGGUAAGAAAAAAAAAAAACAAAUAAUGAACACAAAAGUAGAUAAGAUACCAGCUAGUUAAGAGAUUUUGCAUUUUAAGUGCUUGCAUUUUUCUUCUUGUGGCUACUUUCCUGGACAGGCGGCUCAGCCUGCAUUUCCCUCACAUGGAGCAUUCCCAUCAUUUCCACCCCAACCUGGAUUCCCUGCAUAUCCUGGAUUUCCACCCCAGCCUGGAUUUCCAACCCAGCCCGGAUUUCCUUCUCAGCCCGGAUUCCCUCCUCAGCCCGGAUUCCCCUCACAACCAGGAUUCCCAUCACAGCCUGGGUUUCCUCCUGCAGCACUGGUGAGUAUCAGAGCUAAUGGCAAAAAACUCAAGAUGUUGUUAAAAGUUAAAUUUUCUAGCAGUCUGCUUGCCAACUUUACACCAUCAUGCCUUAAAGUCAAACUGAGCAACACUUGUGAGAGAAUUCAACUAUGUUAGGCAAUUUAUUUUUCUUGAAUGUAAAUAUUUAACAUUGGAGUGAUGAAUAUAAAUUGAUAUAACUAAAGAUUUAUAUGUUUUCAGGAUUACAUAGAUAGAUGAGACAAAGUGGUGCAAGAAAACAGACAUGGAGAAAGAGGGAUAAACCAGCAGUGGAGCCAAAUUAGCACACACUUGUUUUUAUCGACAAAAAAGGUCUGUUUAAAAAUAAGGCAGAUAGUUGGCCAAAUGCUGAAUUUUGCCUUUCUCUAAUAUGAACGUUUUAUUUAAUUUUUAAUUAGUCUGUUCUGCUGAAUGCUGCUACAUACCACACACUGCACCUUUAGCAAAGCAGCAUGCACUGGCUGAAUUACAAAGGCUCAGGAAUAGAGCCUUGAGGUACUCCCUGUUAAGAUAAUCCGCUCAGAAUGAUCAUAGGGACACAAUAUGAAUAAAAACCAAUUCAUACAGCAGGUGUAUUUUAUCAGCCCUGUCAAAGGUAAUAUUUAGCCAUGUUAAGAUAAUGGCAACACACAGUACUCUGUGUUGGUGUACAUGAGUAAUACUUUUAAGUGAAACAGGAUUUCAGUUAUCUUUGGCUAAAGCACCUUGUGUGUCUGUUUAGUCUGUCCCAUACAGCAAUGUCAUCAGUGGUGGACUCACACCAGGCCGGACUAUCACCAUCCAGGGCACUGUUCAUCCCAGUGCAACAAGGUUUGUCUUCAGCAUUGACUCAAAACAGUGGAUUACUCUGUAAAAAUUAAAUACCUCUUCAAUUUGAUUACACUAAGAAUAAUACGUUUAACCCUGGAACACAGCUUUACCUGUAGUCCAGACGUGCAGUCAUGUGUGAUGUUUGGGACAAACUGCCCAAAAACAAAUCCAGUGAGUUUUUAGUGAGUUUUGUCCAUCUCAGGGUAUGUCAUUAUUUGUAAUAUGGAGGACUGGUUCAGGACUGUAAAAUAUCUUUUAUUCAUUUGCUCUCACUUUUAUCAGUUUGUAAACCAUAUUUUUUCAUUUAAAAUUACAUUAUGUUUUGCAGAAGCUGGGACAAAAGUAAAUGUUUUCCAAGACUGGAAAAAGACCACUUCAGUUCCCCUUUGUCUUACAAAGGGGAACUGAAGUGGUUAAAAUUUAAAAAAUUGCUCUUUGUGUUUCAUUCCCUUAGGUUUAACCUGAAUCUAAGUUUCCCCUUUGUCUUACCAAGGGGAACCUGAAGUAACUGAAGUGGUUAAAAUUAAAAAAUCACUCUUAUGUUUCAUUCCCUUAGGUUCAGCGUGAAUCUCAACCAUUCCUCAGGCACUGCUCUGCACUAUAACCCACGUUUUGAUGAGAAUGACGUGGUCAGGAACAGCAAGCAGAGCAAUAAGUGGGGCAGCGAGGAGCGAGGAGGAGGGUUACCUUUCCACAAGGGACAACCUUUCACGGUAAGACAGCAGGUCUUUGAGUAACUGCACAGAGUAAACCACUUGGUCCCGCCAGAGGGGAAUAAGAAAAGUAGGAUGAUUCCAAGGGCACAUCACGAAUAGGAACUCUCACCAGAAACUUGAUUUAUGCAGCACUGUACACACAGCACAGAUGAUCCGAAGUAAGCACACAGAAGAUAACCAAAAGCAAAUGAAAUGAGCAAACACAAGUAGAGGAAGAAAAAAUCUGAGUGACAAAGCAGUAAAAAAAAUUUAUUGUAAGAAUUACAGCAACAAUAAUGAGAGUGAUAAAAUCUCUAUACUCAUAGAGCUAGUUUAGUUAGGGGCAAUUUAAAGCUGAAGAGUAAAGGCGUGUUUUUGGAUGACUCGAGUGACUCGACUGGUUUAAAACGAUUAUAAGUAAUGCUUCAGAUAUAAACAAAGACAAUCAUACCUCUGUAUCCCAUGUUUCUGAUAAUAUUAAAACUUCACAGUUAUUUAAAAAAAAAAGACUGUUGGAUGUUUAUCGAAAAGAUGAAACGAAAAUACCAAUACAAACACAUGAUAUGACAUUAGGAUCAAACAGUAUUUCAGGAUCCAUGUUGGUACAUUUGCAGUUUUUCUUGACUGCAUUAUUUAUCCUUGCAUCAAUUUUUCUCCAAACCCACAGCAGCUUUUUCAAUGAAUUUUUUGUCUGGCUACUGGGUUCAUGCAAGUGCAGAUGAUAUCAGGACUGUGCAAAUGAAAGAACGUGCUUUGUUGCCAUCUAGAGGUAGAAUCAAAACACACAGGAUGGUUUUACUUUCAUGUUUUACAACAAUUUUAUUUAUUUAUUUUUACCUUGUAGCUGACGAUCUGCUGUGAGAGUCACUCCUUCAGGAUUAUGGUCAACGGUAUGCAGACCAACACCUUUAGACACCGUUUCUCACCCGUCCAACGCAUCAACAGCCUGGAGAUCAAUGGGGAUAUCAGUUUGACUUCGGUGGUGAUUUAGAGACCCAUGACCUGCAUCAGGACCUGUGCCUGGUCCUUACAUUCCACUGGUGUCACUGCAUUUAUUACUGUGUUUAUCAAUACCCACUUGCAGAUUAUUAUUUUUCUAUCCAAGCAACCAAAAAUCCAUAAUUUUAGAUUAGAAUCUCUUUUACAUUUGCUUCUUUCUAGUACCUGGCUUGUUAGACUCUCUAAGUUUGUCUCUUGAGAUCUAAUUGAUAUUAACUAUGUACAUUUAUAACUGCUGGAUUAAUAGUUGAAUUAAGGGAUGACUCUUGGAUGUCACUGAACGUUUGACUGAUUGAAACAAUAUUAAACAGUGCAUUGUUAACAGUUGCACUGAUAUUGGAAAGUUAUAUUAUGUGUGCUGUGCCUGUUGUGUGUGUAAUCUCUGCUUUGUGAAGCAUUAAAAAGAAAUAUUGUACAAUA